AUGGUUUAUAACUAUUGUGCUGAUUCUAAGAGGUUUCAAGGUAAGCAUUGCUUAGUCAACAACAGGCCGUGGAUUUUAAGCAAGUUGAUUCCCAUGUCCACCAAUUCAAGGGUAGCAGUUCCAGAUAUGGCAUCUAAGGGGAAGGGAAAAAUGAAAUCUAAGAAGAAAAAACAAUCUGUUCCAACUUCCUCAACUAUGCCAAAUAUGAGUCAUCCUCUUCCUCAUCCUCCUCAGCCGACUUCAUUGCCAUCUACCAUGUUCACUAUCCCCCCUCCAUCUAAUAAUUCAGUUCAGUAUUAUUCUAUGCCUGCUAAAGGCAGUCAAAUAACACCGUUUUUAACUUUCUGCUGCACCCCGGGCUUUCAUGGUAGUCAGCAUACUGGCUCACCAGCUGCUGCACCCCCGAGCUUUCAUGGUAGUCAGCAUGAUGGUGCGUCUUUUGUUGCUCCAUCAUCUUCCAGUCCAUCAUCAUCAUCUAUUCCCAGCAUAUCUAGGUUGGAUAUUGGAGGCUCUCGCCCAGCUACAUCUAGUGCUGCUUCUGCACCAUCUCGUAGACGCAGGAAGAAUCUUGGAGGGGAUGUACAAUUUGAUAGUUAUAAUCGAUUGAUAAUCGUCCCCCACAAGAAUGGGUUUUUUCCAUCCUUUCAAGCUAUACAUAUGGUUACAGAUUCUAUGAAGCCAUUUUAUCAUGAGCCGUGGACUUCUUGGAAAAAUAUACCGUACAGCAUCAGAGAGCAAAUGUGGAAUCAAUUUAGGACAAGGUGUACAUGGCAUCCUCAGCAUCAAAAUGCAAUAAAUAGUAUUUUCGAGAAGAAAGUUAGUAUAAGGAUUAAAGAUACUAUGUGCGCUGCUCGGAAUUCCGGUAACAUGCCGUAUUGGAUAAGAAAAGAUGUUUGGGAUAAACUUCUUGAGAAAUGGAUUACCCCAGAAUAG